AUGGCGAGUCUACCAUCCUGGGUCAACACCUAUCCAGAAAACACCACCGACAACUCUACCAUCUCCGACUAUGACGAACUCCUAUCCCUGAAGUACAAAAUCGGAGUCCCCAUGAUCGUGUUCUGUGGCCUGUGCUACGUCGUCAUCAGCUUGAUGUGCAUCUUAUUCAACGGCCUUCUCUGUUGGCUCAUCAUCUUCAAAACACCAGAGGCCCAUAAGUCAACAGACUACUUCAUCUUGAACUUGGCCAUCAGCGAUCUUCUUGUCGGCAUCUUCUGUAUCCCGUUUACCCUGAUCAACCAUAUCUUCACAGAAAAUCAGCUGGGCGAUGUGAUGUGCAAGAUGACUCCAUUCAUCCAGGGAACAGCCGUCGGUUCUUCCGUCUUCACGUUGGCAGCCGUGGCAGUAGACAGAAUCCGGAUGCUGUUUAACCCCCCGGGGAGCCACUUCACGGGCCGGCAGAUCGCCGUGACGGUGGGGACCAUCUGGGUCGCAGCCGCCGCCACCAUGCUUCCCCAGGCGCUGUACCGGCACGAGACGGCCUACCCCAUCCCGCUCGGGCGCAGCAUCAGCCUGUGCGUGGAGGACUGGCCUCUGAGCAAGCUCUACACCCUCCUGCUGUUCGUCAUCUGCUACCUGAUCCCUCUGCUGGUCACGGGCGGUCUGUACAUCACCAUCUGCAUCCACCUGUGGUACAAGAAACCUGCGGGAGAAGACGAGGCGGCCAGGCAGAAGACGCUGAAGAUGAAACAGGUUAUCAAGAUGCUGAUCACCAUCGUGGCCAUGUUCGCCCUGUCGUGGCUGCCUCUGUACGCGUGCUGGAUUCUGGAGGAUUUCGGGCCGCUGUCUUUUGAUCAGAAGGUGAUCAUGAUGUCGUACGUGAACCCGAUCGCCCACCUGCUGGCGUUCUCCAACAGUUGUGUGAAUCCUGUCGUGUACGGCUACUUCCGGCCGCAGCUGCGGAGGGAGGGGUGCCUGGCCAUGUACGCGUGGUGCGUGUGCGGCGGGGCCAAGCGGCAGGCGCCUGCAGCAGCACCUGCGCCGCCGCCGCAACCCAUGCAGCUGCGACAAGCCCCCUUGCGAGAACAUCGCAAACUGCAGCGACUGCAGUACGUGUAG